AAGUGUUAAACCAAAUGUUAGCCUAAGCUUAAAGUGUUAAACUAGUUUAAGCCGCCAAGUGUUAAGCAAAUAAAACCAAACAAAAAAAAAAAGAAAACCACACACAUACACCUAAAAAAAAUCUAAUCUUAAACUGCAAACUACAACAUAAAAAAACAACAACAACAACAAGAGCACAAGCUUCCACUAAUACAACAAUAGCAAACUGCAAAAAAUAGAAAUAUAAAAAGCGCUAACUGCUAAAAAUAAAACAAAGAAAAGGCCUAAAAUCCAAGUGAAUAGCUACGCUUCGCUGCUGAAAAAAAGGCGCAAAAAAGCGAAAAAAAAGCCGAAGCUAAAAUUUUCUUUUUACCGUUGUUAAUAAACUCGCCAAAAUAGCUAAAUCCAUUUUACAAUUUCUUAAAAAGAAAAAAUCCCAUCAUAGUUCAGGAACGGCAAGCGGCAGCGGCAGUGGAUCAGAGGGCAAGCUACAGCAGCAGCACAGCAACGAGGAGGAAGGCGGUGGUGCAGGGGGAGGACAGCAGGAAGCAGCCGCCGCUAGCCAAAAACACACGCCCUCAAACACGCUAACAGCAGCUGCAGCAUCUGCUUCAGCAUCAGCAUCAGCAACUGGAUCAGCAGCAGCAGCAUCAGCAUCAGGGGCAACAACAGGAGGAGGAGGUGGCAGUGGAGCAAUAGCCGAUACAAGAGCAACAAACAACGCUGAAGCUGCUGCCAGUGAGGAGCAGCAGCAGCCAAAAGCUAGCAGCAGCACCCACAGCCACAGCAGCUCUCCCCAAGCUCAAGUCUCCGCAAGCGCCACGUUCCGUUUGUCCUCGCUAACUGGAACGAUCUCGAAGAUGGGCAAUAACGCGACCACAUCCAACAAGAAGGUGGACGCCGCCGAAACGGUUAAGGAGUUUCUCGAACAGGCCAAGGAGGAAUUUGAAGAUAAAUGGCGUCGCAAUCCAACCAAUACCGCUGCCCUCGAUGAUUUCGAGAGGAUCAAAACGCUUGGCACCGGCUCCUUUGGCCGUGUGAUGAUCGUCCAGCACAAGCCGACAAAAGACUAUUAUGCCAUGAAGAUACUCGACAAGCAGAAGGUGGUCAAGUUGAAGCAGGUGGAGCAUACGUUGAAUGAGAAACGCAUCCUGCAGGCCAUACAAUUCCCAUUUCUUGUCUCGCUGCGCUAUCACUUCAAGGACAACUCCAAUCUCUAUAUGGUGCUGGAGUAUGUGCCUGGUGGCGAGAUGUUCUCCCAUCUGCGCAAAGUGGGACGCUUCUCGGAGCCGCAUUCGCGUUUCUAUGCGGCCCAAAUAGUGCUCGCUUUUGAGUAUCUGCAUUAUCUGGAUCUGAUCUAUCGCGAUCUGAAGCCGGAGAAUCUGUUGAUUGACUCGCAGGGCUAUCUGAAGGUGACCGAUUUUGGAUUUGCCAAGCGUGUCAAAGGACGCACCUGGACGCUAUGCGGCACACCCGAAUAUUUGGCGCCCGAAAUUAUAUUGUCCAAGGGCUAUAACAAGGCCGUCGAUUGGUGGGCGUUGGGUGUGCUGGUCUAUGAGAUGGCAGCCGGCUAUCCGCCGUUCUUUGCCGACCAGCCCAUACAGAUCUAUGAGAAGAUCGUCUCCGGCAAGGUGCGUUUCCCCUCGCACUUUGGCUCCGAUCUGAAGGAUCUGCUGCGCAAUCUGCUGCAGGUCGAUCUGACCAAGCGCUAUGGCAAUCUGAAAGCGGGCGUCAAUGAUAUUAAGAAUCAAAAAUGGUUCGCCUCCACGGACUGGAUAGCGAUCUUCCAAAAGAAAAUCGAGGCGCCGUUCAUACCACGGUGUAAAGGUCCCGGCGACACAAGCAAUUUCGAUGAUUACGAGGAGGAGGCCCUGCGAAUUUCCAGCACCGAGAAGUGCGCCAAGGAGUUUGCUGAAUUCUAAUUCGAUGGAUGCACAACCCCAACAGCAACAGCAACAACAACAACAAAAGCAGCAAAAAAGAAAGAAAGAAAAAAAAAGAAAACCAAAACACCCAUUGCGCAUCCCUCCCUGGUCACCUCGUAUGUGUUACCAUCGUCGUUGUUGUCGUCUCGUCUAUAUGUCUACUACUUACAACUACUACUACGCAACUACAACUAGUAUGUGUACUACAACUAAAACCCAGCAACUAAAACUACAACUGAAACUAUCGCGCAUCCAACUUGCGUCUAGCGUCUAUCGUCUAGCAGCUGGCCAUUUUCUAAUCAUCCAAAUAAACAUCAAUCACCAAGACACCAACUAAAACACACACCACACACCAAACACACACACACCCAAAUACAAAACACACACAAAUUGGAUUUCUCAUACCCAAACCGCAACAAAUAACAUUACAUGCAUACACGAUAUGUGUCAGCAGUGGAUACCACUAAUGGAACAACUUAAAAUCUCCC